ACGGUCAAUAUAACGAUCGAUUACCCUCUUUUCAUUUUCGUUGGCUUUUCCAUGAACAAUUAAUUAUGUAUAUAUAUUUAAGGAAAUUAAUUUCACCGUCCAACUCAAAAAUGCCAUUUCAUUUUCAUUCUUACAGAUAAUUAAAAUUUUCAUCUUUGCAAAAACCCAAUUCGAGAGGAGAAAAGCGGCUGAUUGGCUUACUUGGCCGGUGCUGUUACUCGUUCUCGGGACGAGAAGAAGCUCUGCUCCUUAUAAAUAUAGCUAUCUUAGUUUGAAACUAUCAAACCCUUCUUCGGAGUUCGUAUCAACUAUUCUUCUCACACCUUUCCAAGUCGCUUAAACAGUCAUCAAUGGCUUCCACUUCUCUUGCUUUCCCUUCUCUACAACCCCAGUUCGGGUUAUCCAGAAAACCCAGUAACGGUUCCACCCGCCACCGCGGUUUAGUUGUUCUUCCGAUCUCUGCUUCCGUUUCCGGAACACCUUCUGCCCCGGCUCCGGCGAGUGAAUCCAAAAAUCUCCCCACGAGAAAAAUCCCGGGUAACUAUGGCCUCCCUCUUAUCGGUCCACUUUUUGAUCGGAUGGACUAUUUUUACAAUCAAGGAAGAAACGAGUACUUCAAAUCACGAGUCCAGAAAUAUCAGUCAACGGUUUUCAGAACCAACAUGCCUCCCGGUCCGUUCAUCACUUCCAACCCUCGUGUCGUCGUCUUACUCGACGGGAAGAGUUUUCCGGUACUGUUUGACGUGAGCAAGGUUGAAAAGAAGGAUCUUUUUACAGGGACGUAUAUGCCGUCGACUGAACUUACCGGCGGCCACCGAAUCCUUUCGUAUCUGGACCCAUCGGAGCCCAAGCACGCCAAGCUUAAGAGCCUCAUCUUCUUCAUGCUCAAGGCUCGUCGCGAUAUGGUGAUUCCUGAGUUCCAUGCUACUUACACUGAGCUUUUUGAGAACCUCGAAAGCGAUCUUGCUGCUAAAGGGAAGACCAGUUUCGGCGAGGCUAACGAUCAGGCUGCGUUUAAGUUUUUGGGUCGAGCACUGUACGGGGUCAGUCCGACCGAUACCAAACUCGGAACCGACGGUCCAAAGUUGGUCCAGAAAUGGGUUUUGUUCAAUCUUCACCCCAUUCUCGUUUUGGGUCUUCCCAAACUGGUUGAAGAGUUGGCCAUACAUAGCUUCCGACUCCCAUCAUUCUUGGUUAAAUCCGAUUACAAGAGACUCUACGACUACUUCUACGAAGCUGGGGGUUACGUUCUUGACGAAGCAGAGCAAAUGGGAAUCUCUAGAGAGGAAGCUUGUCACAAUUUGAUAUUCGCUACGUGCUUUAACACCUUCGGCGGAAUGAAGAUCCUCUUCCCCAACAUGCUCAAGUCGAUCGGACGAUGCGGGGUCAAACUCCACACCCAAUUGGCCGAAGAGAUCAGAGGCGCCGUCAGAUCCAACGGCGGGAAAGUCACGAUGGCUGCCAUGGAACAAAUGCCGCUGAUGAAGUCCGUCGUGUACGAAGCGUUCCGUUUCGAACCGCCGGUACCGUUACAGUACGGCAGAGCCAAGAAGGAUCUAGUGAUCGAGAGCCACGACGCUGUUUUCGAGGUCAAAGAAGGUGAAAUGCUAUUUGGGUUCCAACCGUUUGCGACUAAAGACCCGAAAAUCUUCGACAGAGCAGAGGAGUUCGUCCCUGAUCGGUUCGUGGGCGAGGGAGAGAAGCUUUUGAAGUACGUGCUCUGGUCAAACGGUCCCGAAACAGAGUCUCCCACGGUGGCGAACAAGCAGUGCGCUGGGAAGGAUUUUGUGGUGAUGUUCGCGAGGCUGUUCGUGGUCGAGUUGUUUCUUCGCUACGACUCGUUCGAUUGCGAUGUGGGAACGUCACCAUUGGGGGCUGCCAUUACUUUAACUUCACUGAAAAGAGCAAGCUUUUGAGCUCUUGUCGAGUUCUUUAAUCGACGAAGAAGUCACCCGGAGACUCCGCCGGCCGGCGCUUUUUUUUUUUGGUUUUUUUAGUUUUUUUAGGGGUAAAGUUGGCAAUGUGAUUCUAUAGUGGGAAAUGCGGAGGGUAUAAAUGUAAAAUCCAUAGUUAAAUUUUGGGUUGUGGCCACUGUGGCUGGUGGGGUCCAUGAUUGUUGUAGUGGACUUUCAAUUUCAUGAUGGUAGUGAUGAGAUGUACUUUGCGACAUCUUCUUUUGGAUUUAAUUUAAUUUUUAAUUAUAGUAAUGAAUAAUAUCUUAGCUAAUCCCAGCAUGGGAGUGAUGGUACAUAUAUUAUAAAGUUGUUUGUUUGUUUUCAA